CCAUGCCUCUGCUGCAGUGGCUCUCCCUCCCCGCUCAUUCCUCCCUGUGCCGGCUAGGGAGACACAUACCGCCUGCUGCCUGCUGCCUGUCUGCCUGAGCUCCAGGCUCUGCUGUCCUCGCCGCUCCCUCCACCCACAUGCAGCUCUCCGUAAGGGGCAACGCUGACAUCCCCCGACUGCCUCCACAGCUCCAUUGCUCUGCGGUGCAGAUGCUCGCUCUCUCUGAGUGAGUUUUUUUUCCUCUCCUCUGCUUGCUCUAGCUCUCAGGCUGAGGGAUUCAGCAGAUAAUCAGUGUGUCGGCGAGUGAGAGUGAGCGACUGAAGCAAAGAGAGAGAGAGAGAGCCUAGAUCAGGUGCAGGAGCCUUCCCUUCGUCUGUCUCUUUCUGUUACUCUCUCUUUCUGUCUGUCUCCAGCCUGGCACAUACAGAAGGGUAGACAGGACUCAUAAUCCAGGAAUAAGCCAUCAAUCCACUCUCCUUCUCUGGGACUCACCGCAAAGGAGGGAGAAGAGGAGGGAGACACUCACAGCAGGACUUUGCAGACUGACAAGUCUUGCGUAUUUAUUUCUUUGCUCGCUCUGCGUCCCACCUCACCCUGCCCCUCCCCUCUAUCCCACCCGCACCCCUGCUUGCUCCAGCCAACACACACACACACCCAGAGUGUGUAACCAGGGGAGGACUGACAGACAUACAGAUAAACAGACGGACUGACAGAUUGCCAGACGGACCCAGUAGGAUAUGGAGUCCAAAGGAAGCGGCAGGUUCACUAUGUCCAGGUGUUUGCGCUCAGGAGACACCGUCCAUGCAAGUGUUGUCGUCACACUUCUGCUCGGGGUAUGGUGUGCUUCAGCGCUGGAGGUGUCAGUGGGGAAGGUGCCCUUCAUGGAAGCGAUGAACGGCAGCACGGUGCUGUUACCCUGCAUCUACUCCAGCUGCAUCGGCAUCAAAAACCUCUACUUCAACUGGCACUACAACGACAACGGCACCAUGGCGAAGCUGUGUGAGGGGGUGAUCCCUAUAGAAGGUGUGGAACCACGGGUGCAGGAGUACCAGGAGCGGAUAGAGUUUGUGGGCAGCAGCAAGCACAAUAACAUCUCCAUCCUGCUGUUCAACGUGACCUUCGAGGACGAGGGCGAGUACACCUGUUUCGCCCGGAACCCCAAGGAGAAGAACCGCAACCAUAGCGCCGUCUUCACCCUGUUCGUGGUGGAUGAACUGAAAGUGGUUGACAAUACCGUAACCACCAUCAUUGUGUCUGUCGUUGGCGGAGUCAUCGGGUUGAUCAUUGUUGUCAUGGUGACAAAGACUGUGGUGCUCCUCAUCCUAAAAAAGUCUGCAGAGAAGAACGCUGGGAUUCGAACCGACAGCUCUUCGGCUACCGCCUCCCCCCUUUGAAACUGUCAUGGAACAUUGUAAAGAGUGCCUUGUGAGCUCAGGACAGGACAACACAGAAAAUGGACUCAGCGCAGCCAAAGCGGACAACAAAGCCACACCAAAGGCAUGAAACAUGUGCACCUAUGUAUAUGUACAUAUAUGUCUGUACAUGUAUAUAUGUACACAUGAAAAUAUAUUGAACAGGCAUAGAAAGAAAGCUAUUAUCAAUUAACUGUUUUAUCUUUAUCUAAUGACAAAAGUAUAACAUAAACCAAUGUGAAAUAGUAUGUCAAAUGUAUAUUUUAAAUUGUGCUAGAGAUUUUGGGGAACAUGAUAACUGAUCAGGGCUGGAUCAGACACUCCAAUGACACACCCUAAAGAUUGUGUAUCCGAUUCGAAGUUUAUUGGGGUAUUUAUCUGAAUCACGCGAAAGCCUACUUUCCGAACAUUUCUGGAAUCAACAUCAAUGUCUCACCAGUUACUCAUUCAUGUACACUAUGUAAAAACAUCUGGUUGACGUUUAUUGGGAUGAAUCUUGUCCUGGGGGCAGAGCUCAGCGGUUUCCGCUAGAUUUAAGAUGAGGGUUAGUCAUAAGGUUAACAGUGUGGUUAAGGUUAGAGUUAAGGUUAAGGUUAGGUUUAAAACAGAGGAGGCUGCCGGGUGGAGCUAGAGGAGGAUGGACUCAUUGUAAUGCCUUUAAUGGAAUGGAGUCAAAUGUGGUUUCCAUAUGUUUAAUGUGUUUGACACCUUUCCAUCAUUCCAUUCCAGUCAUUACAAUGAGCGUGUCCUCCUAUAGCUCCUCCCACCAGCCUCCUCUGGUUUAUAAUCAGAUUUUUACUUUGUGGCUAAACCAGCUAGUGACCACCCUGCAGAGCUGCCUCCAGGACAAGAUUCGUCCCAAUAAACACACACACAGUAACUCACACACUGCCAAGUUCUACGAACUGCCAUAUUGUAUACUCUACAACAGCACAAUAUAUUCUGACCAUCUCUGCAGCUCUUUUGAUUACGAGACAUAUUUAUGGUAGCCUACUGCCCGAUAGAGAUUCUUUGUACUCUCUGUGCACCUUGUACAGGGGGCAAACAGCUUCCCUCCUUUAACCAUAGUGAACCUUCACAGUCCAUUUUUGACAGAAAGGCAAUGCCUUGAAAGCUGAUCCGGAACUAAUUCCAUACAGUAUCAAUUGUGCCUAUUCAAUAGGAUAUACAGUAACUAAAAGAUCUUCACCACUAUGAUGAACGACUGCUCCGGUUACUAAGGUCAAGACUCUUCAUUAGAUCUGCGUACAGAGUAGAAAUACUGUCCUUUGGACGGCAACGCAGUGGGCUGGGUUAUGAGCCCAAUGUCACUGCGGAGGAAAGGAAUGUGAUAAAGGAGAAGAGGAAGAAGGGAGUCAUUGGAGUGUAUAUUAGAUCCAGGCCGGAACUGGUUUGAUUCAUUUUUGCAUUAGAUGAAACACAGGUGCCUGUACUCACUUCCUGCUCCCUUCGCUUUUAGGGAGCCUUAAAACCGCCAUGAAAAACACACAGAAAAAAAAAGAUUUAAAAAACACCGAAAAUAUCAAAAAGAUCCAGACCUAAAGUAAAGACAAUUCCCGCGUAACCCAUUUCCCUGUAGAAAUGAAUGAACAUUUAUGAUGCUGCUUCUAACAAAUAACCAAUGCAUUUUUCUUAGCAUGUGAAUGUUGUUUAUAUAUAUGCGACACGUCCAUACCACAGGAAAGACUGCUCUCUAGUGUUCUGUCAUCACCUGGCCUGCAUGCAUAGUGGAUCUGUAGGCUACUUGCAGUUUCUUCACAUCCACUUCAUUCGAUACAAACCCCCAUAGCACUAAUCAUGUUUAUGUGGCGACUAGCCUAUAACAGGAUAAUGCCCUCCAUCUUCAAUACUGCAAAACAUUGCACCAUUGACUCAGAUGCCAACUACCAAGCUGGCUCAUCAUCACUACCCCCUUGACCUUGUGUAGCCUACACUGUCCCGUAUUCAAAUCAAUUGCCAUAUGAACCAAAUGUCCCACUACUGGUAUGCAUGAGUUUGAGCUGCAGAAUGUAGCUAAUACAAAGGUUCGUUGUCCGUAAUCAAGGCGUUCCUUUAUGACUCCGGCCCCUCAAGACUGAAUGUCAUAUUGCCUCGAUGGGAAACAUGCAAUUCUCAAAGCGAGCAUCUCAAACCAGGCCAAGCCAUAACUCAUCUGUUUAAAUGUAUUUAUCUCAUUUUCAACCUGUUUCUAAAGCAAAUGGGUUACUUGUACAUCCAUAUUUGUUCAAAUUCAGAGGUGCCACUUGAAGUGACGACCACACCUUUAUACGUCUAGGUGUGUGUAAAGCAUCAUUGUAGUUGCAGAGCUAAGACCCAUACAUGAAUGUCCACUUCGUAGGUUUUACUCAUCUGAGAUGGAAAUGUAGUAGGCCCCUCCAUCUCCGUCUCCUCGUCCUGAGACAGUAAAAUAUACAGGGCUUUAGGGAGAGAGUGGUGCUGUAGACUUAGGAAGGGUGUUAAUAGGAACCUUAGUUGUGUAGAGUAUCCUUAUGAACAUCUAGACUGUGGUUGAUAUGAGGAGUAGAGAGCGAUGUGCUUGUAGACUUUGCAGGGAAGGUGAUGUUUGCCCCGGUUGAUUGUAACCGUAUUGUGUGUGGCGAUAGAUAGAUAACAAGUUAGAUCUGGACAACUAGUCUGUCUAGGGAUAAUCCCUUCUAGACCUCCCUCCUUCUAUUCCCUCACCAUGUUGAGGUUAGCAUCGUUGGAAAGGUCUCCCUCAUCACUUGACCUGCAGUACCUUUUUUUUUUAAUUACCAGGGGCCCCGGUGACAUGGAGAGCCAGGGAAUGCUUUUAGACCGAGCGCUGCCAUACCCACAUCCAUCCCUUGGUUGUGAUUUGAAUCCUAUAGGGUCAUUUAGUGGAUGUAGUCGUGGCACUAGACUUACGUUUGCCAUGUAAUGUCUUAGCUUUAGAGAGCAUAAGGUGACACACAUGAUAUUGCGGCAUCGUUCCAGCAGGUUCUUGCAGAAUCACCUUGUUCACCCUUUACCGUCACUGCCGUUUCUGUACUCUACUCAUACAUGACCUGUGUUUAACGGAAGCAAUACGACUGGCAACUUUCAUGUGCUGUUGUGGUGGUGAAACAGAUGAUGCAAUAGCCAACUCAUGAAACUAGAUACUGGGUACGGAGGUGUGCUACCUGCUUUAUGCACUGAUGUACCAUCUGUUUGCAUUGAUGUGGUCCAUGGUGGCACUCCUGUCCAUUGUAUUACCCCGUUGAAAACCAGUGACACACACACACACACACACACACACACACACACACACACACACACACACACACACACACACACACACACACACACACACACACACACACACACACACACACACACACACACACACACACACACACACACACACACUCUCUCUCUCUAUUGGUUCCAUGUAGUCAGUGAACCAUUACUCCUUUGGCAUUGGGGAAAAGCACACAAAGCCUGCCUCUGGGAGAAAAGCAAUACAGUUGAUCCUUGUCUGUCAAGCCCUUCGUUGAGGUAUUCGGAAGGAUCGUGUCGAUGAAGAAAAUUAUUCAUAAGGCUAGUUAUUGUAUCCGUAUCUUGUUGUUUGCAGAUUCAUUGUCCCUUCUGUAACUUUAAUCAGAUCUGACAAUGUACAAAAAUACCAUUAGUAUUUCUUGUGUGUUACAAAGUACAGAGUUGUCCUUCACUGUUCACUGCUUCAGUAUCUCUAGGAGAACAGUAUCUGUUCAAGCCCCUCAGUAUGAACAGUUCCACAAGCUCUGAGCUCAACUAGCCAAGUCUGAACUGAGAUCAACCAGCUCUGAGCUCGACUAGCCAUGUCUGAGCUGAGAUCCACAAGCUCUGAGCUCAACUGGCCAUGUCUGAGCUGAGAUCCACAAGCUCUGAGCCUGAUUGUGCACGUCUGAGCUGCGGGGCGCAGCAGUGAGCAUGCCCAGUGUAGUGAUCCUCUAGAGGCAGUCGCAUAGCCGCAGUGAUGCAUUGUGGGCCACAUGUUAUGAUGGACUAAAAGCUGCAAUCAGCUCAAGCCUGCGUCGCCGCGGCAGAUCCACACGACUCACCCUGUGAACCAACGUCUCAGGCAACACAGACUAACAGCAUGGCUGGUAGUAUUACGAGUAUUACUUACAGCACAGUAUUAUUAGGCACCAUUUGAUACAAUCUUAUCACACUUGCACAACCAUGAAAUGAAACAAAUGUCAUGUCUCUGUUGGUUUUGAUACCUUGUGCACAUUAUGACAGUACACAGAAAUGCAGCAAGCCUUCAAUGAUGAUUCACUGUUUUUACGACUACAGCAAAAACCCGGAAAAUGAUACAGAGCUAAAUCUCACGUUCAGUGUUAUCAAAAUACUUAUCUAGCAUGGGAAAUCCAAUCAACGCUAAUACAUGCCAUGAAUUCUCUGCAGCUCAAAUAAGAAUACUCCGAUUUGCUAAUAAUGCAUUGUGCAUUGCCACAAGGUAUAUGUGUUCAACAUAAAGAUCUACAAUGAAAGUCGGGACACAAAUAUAAAUAUAUCCAGUCCUAACAUUGUCUGCUUCUUAUAUAAUAGAUGUAUUAAUCAUCUGAUUUGAUACUAAUAUGGGUUUCCUGUGGCCCACUGCCAGAGUGACUCCUACUCACACUGCCACGCCAAGAGUUUGUGAAGUCUGCUCUCUGCUUCCCACAUUCCAGUGCAGAGAACACCUCCUGCGCCAACCUGCAGUAUACUGUACAGUACAGGUCCUCUGGCCAAACUGCAUUUUAAAACUCCUUUUCUACGUUUUAGCCCACCAAGGCCAAGCAAACAAAUAAGCAAAAUAAAGUUGUGUCUAUUUUCAUCCUUAUCACAAUGGGUGUGCAUUUGUAGCCAACUGAAGCUACCCACAGCACAGUCUACUCUAUAGUCAAAUAGAUAGGAAUUUACUCUGAGCUCAUAAGGUAGCCAGGUUACUGCCUGUUAGGAUCACUACACACACACACACACACACACACACACAGGUUUACACAGUUUUCACCCAUGAUCCUCUACUCCACAGAGCUGUUCAGGGUUAUGAGGAGGGGCUGUUUUCGCUCCCUCACUGGCCUCACCCACAGGGUGACUGUCUGCAUGAGGGCUAAUGUGGCUCGUGCAGAGGAAAACAGCUCGCCCUCUCACCCACCAAAACACACACCCGCUUACUGUGAGGCAGUCACUGACUGACCUGACUCAACCCCCUGUCUCAAGAGGUGAUGCUUCCUUUAAGAACUAUAAAGUGAAUGUGCAACACACCCCUCCUACUCCUGUUUCUGUAAUAGUGUCUAACGUUCUCCCCUCUCAUUAACUAUGCACCCCAAUUGUUUUUUUCCUCUGGAAUUGUAGAGAAGAUUAAAAAAAAGUAUAUAUACAGGAAAUAAAGGUUUGCAUAAAAGGAG